ACGAGUCUUACAAUUGCAACAAAAACAGGUUUCUUUUACUUUUAGUACUCUUAUUAUUUUAAUUUUAUUACAUUUUUUUGAGGAUAUUGGGGGUUUUAUUUCGUACUAGAACUCGCGUCGACGAUUUGUUUGAACCAAGACACCUCGUUCUACUUCUUGCAUUUUCCCUGCUUGUAUUGAGAAAUUCAGAAUGUUUAAAGGAGGUGCCUGGAAAAACACAGAGGAUGAGAUUUUAAAGGCGGCAGUUAGUAAAUACGGAAAAAACCAGUGGGCUCGAAUCAGCUCUUUGUUGGUUCGCAAAACACCCAAGCAGUGUAAGGCUCGCUGGUAUGAAUGGAUUGAUCCUAGUAUAAAAAAGACAGAAUGGAGCCGUGAAGAAGACGAAAAACUGUUGCACUUGGCAAAGCUGUUGCCAACACAAUGGCGAACGAUCGCUCCCAUUGUCGGUCGUACUGCUACUCAGUGUCUAGAAAGAUAUCAGAAACUUUUAGAUGAUUUAGAAGCUCGGGAAAAUGAACAGCUUGGACUUACUACAGGAGAGGGUGCAGAAGCUGCUCCUCCUGUGAAUGAUCCAAAUUCUCGACUUCGCUUUGGAGACGCUGAGCCCAAUUUGGAAACGCUGCCGGCCCUACCAGAUGCUAUUGAUAUGGAUGAAGAUGAAAAGGAAAUGCUGAGUGAAGCUCGUGCUCGUCUUGCAAAUACACAAGGAAAAAAGGCCAAGCGUAAGGAUCGUGAAAAGCAAUUGGAACUUACAAAACGGCUUUCUCAAUUGCAAAAGCGCCGCGAACUAAAAGCUGCUGGUGUAAACAUAAAACUAUUUCGAAGAAGGAAAAAUGAAAUGGAUUACAAUGCUUCGAUCCCGUUUGAGAAGAAGCCUGCAAUCGGAUUUUACGAUACUUCUGAAGAGGAGCAUAGAAAUUUGCGAGAAAGGCAAAAUGAAAAUCGUAAGCUGAUUGAACGUGGCCAGAAGAGUAAAGAAAGCUUAAAUGAUCGCGGCCAUUUUGAAAGGCCGAAACCUGUUGAGAAAGUGAAACGACCCAACAAUGAUGCUCAUGAUGAGAAAAUGAGACGUUUAGCAGAAGCCGAGCAAAUGAGCAAAAGACGGAAAUUAAAUUUACCAGCACCACAGGUCAGUGAAAAUGAGCUAGAUAAGGUUGUCAAAUUAGGAUUCGCUGGUGACCGCGCUCGUUCCAUGACUGAUACGACACCAGCAGCAGGCCAUAGUACUGGGUUGGUAGGUAAUUACUCUCAACUCGAACGAACGACGCAGCUACGUACUCCCCGAAGUGGUGCUUUAGAAGGAAAAGAAGAUGCACUCUUGAUUGAAGCGAGAAACCAACUAUUAAAAAAUCGAGAACAGUCAUCAUUGUUAGGGGAGGAAAACACUCCGUUACAGUCUGGAGGCACCGGAUUUGCUGGUGUUGAGCCUGAACAUCCCGCUCAAUCUGUUACUAGAGCUGUUGAUGGAUUGCCUUACAGUCAAGCUACUCCCUAUCGCACACCACGUGAUACGUUUGCGAUCAACAAAGCUACUCAAAAUGCUCAGGCUAUUGCAGAUACAAAAGCAAAAAAAAUUAGAACAAAGACAAUUAUGAGUCUUUUUGCCAAAUUACCAAAGCCCAGAGACGACUAUGAAUUAAUGGAACCUAGAUUCGCUGACGAAAAGGAACAGUUGCCGCAGGAAGAGUUUGAAGAAGAUGCUGCUGAUCGUGAACGUCGGCUUCAGGAACACUUGACAUAUAUGAAUCGAUUAGCUCAAGAGCGCCAAUCGCAAGUCAUACAGAAAGGCCUUCCUAGACCCAACUUGAUUCAACCAUCUUCAUGGAAACGGGCGUGCAAAAGUGACUCGCCUGCGGAAGGCCUUGUGUUUCAAGAAUUGUUUGCACUCGUUGCAUCAGAUGGUAUUAGUCAUCCUACGAGCAGCAUUAGAAUGAGAGAAAAAGCUAAGCCAGUGAAAGAAUUAUCUAAUGCUGAAUUGGACAAGUGUAAAACAAUGGUAUUACAGGAAAUGGAAUCAGAACAAAACAGGUUAGAAAAGAAUGCAUUUGAUAAAGACUUCUUGGAAAUUCACGACUCUAUUCAUAACACAUCAAAUUUAUUGCCAGGAUUAAUUGUUUAUGAGGAAGAUGACGAAGAUGUUCAAUCUGCUGAAAAGAUCUACACAUCUAUAAUUCACAAAAUUCUCGCGCAAGAUGCUGUUUCCUGUAAUAAAUUGGAAAAUGCAGUUGGGGAACGUCUACAGAAUCUGUUAGAGAGGUCUAGCUUUUUACUUUCAAAGAUAUCCCAUGCGCACCAAGCCUUGGAGACAGAGAAAAGGAAUCUUGCGUGUUAUGAAAUGCUUCGGAAGCAGGAGCAGGAAAAUGUUCCUCAUCGUUUGAACGUUUUGGAAAGAGAAGUGAGACUCAUUUCGCAGAUUAAUACUUACGCUCAACAAGAGUACGCAUUGCGGAUUCAAAGUCAUUAAACUUGAUUAGAAUUUAUGAUGGACACAGAUUAGAUAGCAUGAUGAAUAUGUUCCAAUUAGAAUGCAUAUUAAUGUAUAUAAAAUCAUAAAUUAGUAGUAGAAAAACCAUUCAAAGAGGGAUAGAUAAAUGGAUCCAACUUAUAAAAAGAUGAUCCAAGACAAGGAGAAGUAAAAUAAAAAGAGAGGA